AUGGCGCGCUUGUCCCUCCUCACAGCGCUCUCCCUCCUCGCAUCCCUCGUCUCCGCCCAGUGCGGCGGCACCGCAGAUGCCACCGUCGAUGGCUCCUCAGGCGCCUACACUGCCACCGCAGGCUCAACAGAACUCUACUCCGGCGCCUCCUACCUCGCCGCCAUCCAAGCCGCCAUCGACGGCAUCACCACCGGCCAAACCGUCGCAGUCCUGGCAGACGGCUCCAUCGGCGACGCCACCAUCACCAUCGACAGCGGCAAGACCUUCGAAGGCUGCGGCACGAUCGACGUCGGCUACAACGCCGGCCACGGAGCCAUCGAAGUCCUCAACGCCGCAGACGUGAGCAUCCCCACCCUGACCCUGACAGGCGCCCCCUACUUCGGCCUGCGCUUCUAUGGCGUCACGGGCCUCAGUCUGGGCGACAUAACGAUGAACCUGAGCGGCGGCAUCGGGAUUCGCUUCGACCGCGACGAGGCCGCCAACGUGGACGUCUCGAUGGGCACCAUCAGCGUCACGGGCGCCAGCAGCCACGCCGUCGAAACCUGGAACAUCGAUGGCCUGACCAUCGACUCCGUCGUCGCGCGGGACUGCGGCGAGUGCGGCCUGCUCCUGCAAAACACCCGCAACGCCCAAGUCGGGCUCGUCGACGGUGACAACGUCGGCGGGACGUCUGGGUACGCGACCCUCCGCUUCGCCAACACGAACGGCCUCCUGGCGGACGGGAGCUACGAUACGAACGUCUACAUCGACCGCGUCGUGUCCAGCGGCGGCGGGCGGGGGAUCUUCUGCGUGUCGGAAUCCGGCGGCGCGGAGAUCGGAAACAUCAACCUCUCCAAUAACGGCAACAACGCCAUCCUCAUCGAGAACUGCUACAACCUCGCCAUCCUCGCCGGGACGGUGACGGGCGGCGGGGAGGUGCGUCUGGCGGCGCGGGCGGAGUUUGCGAAUAAUCGGGAUGUGUCGUUGAGUUUGGAGGUUAAUGGGAAUACGGUGAGGGAGGAGCCUUGUGGGGAGAAUAGCAAUAUUGUUAUUACGGGGGAUGCGGCGGUGACGAUUUGUUAG